CGUGGCUGUGUGAAGCAGCAGUAUUGCGGAUCGCGUCUGUCAGCCCACUCAUGCUGCGUACACGAUCAACUGACCCAGUGGCUGCUCACUCCUGUGUUUAAGGGCACUCUUGUGUGAAACUGCCCGUGGGAAUACACUGCAAACAUGUCACGGCAUCAUCACCAGAGGACGCCGCUGAAAAACGAGGAGAGCGUCGUGGAGGUGAAGAGCAAAUUUGAGGCGGAGUACCGAAGGUUUGCCCUGAAGAGGAACGGAGCUGGGGGCUUCCAGGAGUUCUACCAACUGUUGCAGACCAUCCAUAGGAUCCCCGGAGUGGACGUGCUGCUGGGGUAUGCCGACAUCCAUGGAGAUCUACUUCCAAUCAACAACGAUGACAACUUUCACAAAGCACUGUCCUCGGCCAAUCCACUGCUUCGAAUUAUUAUCCAAAAGAGAGAUGUGGAUGACCCCACACCCUUCCCCACAGGGUCUCUUCAGAGAAGAAAAAAGGGCCUAGCAGGUCUGCGUCAAUCCCAACAGAAGUCUAAACCGGCGCUGCUCAUCGGCCUUCCACAGGAUUUCCGACAGAUCUCUUCUAUCAUCGAUGUGGACAUCUUGCCCGAUACACAUCUUCGUGUCCGUUUGCACAAGGACGGCACCCACAAACCCCUGGGCUUUUACAUCCGUGAUGGCGUCAGCGUUCGCAUUACAGCCCAAGGGGUAGAGAAGGUUCCGGGCGUUUUCAUUUCACGCCUCGUGAAGGGCGGUUUGGCCGAGACCACAGGAUUACUGGGAGUUAACGAUGAGAUUCUUGAGGUGAAUGGUAUCGAUGUGGCAGGGAAGUCACUGGACCAGGUGACUGAUAUGAUGGUCGCAAACAGCCACAACCUCAUUGUGACGGUGAAACCUGUCAAUCAGCGCAACAACACCAUGCAUUGCGCGGGCAAAACCACAGCCGGCAACAGUUCUGCUGGCUCGGGAGGGUCUGCCUUCUCUCAUGACUCUGCCCCCAGUCCCGCCUCACACAAUCCCAGCCCGUACAGCAACAGCAACAGUGUGGCUGAAGGAGAUAGUGAUGACGAUACUGAUCUCAUCAUAGAAAAUGACAAUUUGCUUACAUACAUGCCACACCGCAUGACUAAUGGCAAUGUCAGCCAUGGUAACGCCCUGUCAUCGGGCUCAUUUACACACAGGCCUCUCCCGCAAAGUGUUUCCUUGCCCAGUAGCAGCUCUUUGUCAGACAGCAAGGCCUCUUUAAGCUCCCUAACCACACCGACUCACAAUGGCAGCCCCACCAAGAUGAGUAGCAGCCAAGAAAGCAUGAGAGAGGAUGGAAACUUCAUUACAUUGUGAGCAAGUGCGCUACAGUAUGCUUUACACUGCAACGUCUGAUCUUGAGAGUAGGAGUCGGUAUGACACGUUUAUGCACAUUUAUAAGAACAUGAAGGACUAUUAUAUUAUUAUUAACUAUAAUUUUUUUGCCAUUACUGUCACAAAACAACAAACUGUUCAUAAUAAUUUCUGUGAAUGAGGACCUUCAACCCAGAAUUACACGUUGCACAAUCUAGCUGGUUUCUAAGGGUGCAUUACACACUCCGAGGGGCUUCAGCAUGUGGCUGUCAUCAUAUGGAAGUGCCUUACGGCUCUCCAUUCCUUGCGCCUUAGUUUUAAAAAAAUUAUUAUUAUUAUUAUUUUUAUCUGUUGCCAGGACAUAUUCAUCUCACCUGUGAAACUCUAUUUAUGGUACUUCAUUGGACAGUCGAUCUGCUCACAAACACUGCGAAUGAAGUGCGCUAGCUACUACUGGGAUGCCUGACGUUAUCGCUUGCACAUCUCAGAGGGCGUGAGAGAAAUGAAUCGCCUCUGUGAAAGUGCUGCGUCUCUUACUGUGGAUUCAUCUCACUUUUUAUGAUGCCUCUUGCAAUGAUGACGAUAAUGAUUAAUGAUGAUAAUGGUGAUGAGGUGCAGAAAAAUCUUAAGUGUUAAAACUGAUCUGAUCAGUGUUGAUUAUGUUAGAUUACUCAUCUCGCCUGAUACUAAUACAUAUACUGCCCACAGUGUCUGUUACUCAAGAUGGCCCAAGAAAUCUGCUCUAAAUGUUGAUUUUGAAGUGUUUGUGAAUCAUGUUUUGGUAACACUUUACAAUGAGGUUCCAUUUGUUAACAUAAGUUAACAAUAUUAGUUAACGAACUAACGAUGAACAAUUGUAUUUUUAUUAACUAACAUUAACUACAAUUAAUAAAUGCUGUAAAAAAAUAUUUUGUUCACAGUUUGUUAAUGAUACUUAACGCAUUAACUAAUGUUAAUGAAUGGAUCCUUAUUGUAACAUGUUACCCGUGUUUUUAAUAUCUAUAAACUCCAUGUGUCUAUCAUGAGUCUGAUAUGGUUAGUACCUGAGAAAGAAAGAAGUGUAACAUUAAGAUGACCCAGCCUUUGUAAACUGGCCUUCCAAGUAUGCCAACAUUGAAACAUGUUUUCACUUUCAGCUUGUUCAGAUGCUACUGUACUUAUCAUCUUAACACUCACAAGUUCCUUUGAUUUUUGCAUUAACAUAAUUAUGAUUUCAUAAAAAGCACACACACAGUUUGAAAAUAUUGGCUGUUUUCAUACACAUGGAUGGUUUAAAAUGAGUGGCCUCUUUUUGGUCUGUUCCCUUUCUCCUAUAGUGUUGCAUUAAGACUGUAACAUGGUUUGAACCACUGGAUUAAUGUUGUCAUGUCUUGCACAGGGUCUCUGUUUUUGAAGGCAGUUAACCAAUUUUUCCUCCCUCAGUUUUUUUUUUCAUUUUCUCUCCAGAAAAAUAGGAAUCUAUAUAUUUAACUGGCACCAGUGCGGUGUAAUUUCAGAAAGACUUGACCUCUCAUUGACUCAGUCUGUCUAUUCUCCUAUGUGCUCUGUUUUUUUGUGAGAGAAAAAAAAUAGGAAAUUCCUUUCAUGUUUGGAAAGGCCAGAAUUCUGCACAUUGGGACCUUUUUCACACAGUCCACUCCUGAUGGCCAAAGCUGUGAGGCUUUCUUAGCCACGGUGAGUGUGUGCGUACUUGUGUGCUCAGUCAUAUUUUUAAAGUAUAAUCUUACAGAAACAGUACUAAGGUAGACACUGUCAGACUCCGAGCCAAAUAUUGGCUUCUUUAAUGUCCAACAGAUUUGAGCACUGAGCAACCUGUUUUCCUGUAAUGGUUUCCAAGGUGAAUCCUUGUUUAGACUUUGGAGAUACUUGCCGCAGGACUUCCAAGGCUUCAUAAGAUGUCUAUCAAACCAUGAGUGAUAGAUGGUGGAAAGACUUCGAAAGACAAAAAAUACCCCUUACUGUGGAUCUGUUGAACUCUUUCAUUGCAGUUGCUUCUUAUCAGCUGGGCUGAACAACCAUGAUUAUACAUGGAGUAAAUCAAAUUAAGAAGAUAGUUACUAAUAUAUUUGUUUAGUUUUUGGUAGCACUUUACAAUAAGGUUGUGUACAUUAACAGUUAAUGCAACAAAACCUUUACAGCAUUUAUUAAUCUUGGUUAAUGUUAAUUUCUAUGUAUGCUGUUGCAUUUAACAUUAGAAGUUGUUAACCUUAACAUUAUGUAUUAGAGCUAACGUGAACUACCAAUGAACAAUAGUAUAUUUUAAAAUUAACAUUAACCAAGGUUAUUAAUUUUGUAAAAAUAUUGUUCAUGGUUCAUGACACCUAAUGCAUUGUCAACGUGUUGAGCGUUAUUGUAAAGUGUUGCCAGUUUUUCUUUUCCACCAUCCUGAGUGUUUGGAAGGAUAUGUACAGUUUUAAAGAUGUGGUUAGGAGCAGGUGCCAGCAAAAUCAAUCAGGAGGCCAGUAUUUAAAUAUCAUAAUUGAUAGGUGUGAUUCAAGGUUUAGGCUCAUCUGCUGUGCAUUAUCUGGUUUAACUUGAUUAGUAUAACAAAUGAGGUGUUAUUUUGCCACAAAAGUGACAUUUAUCAAGGUAGCCUUUGGUCUGAGAAAGAAGGUAGUUUAUUUGAAUAUGUAUAGACUUAACAUCUGCACAACAUGCAGACAGUGACCCAUUGCUUAUGGUUUUAACAGCAACACUGUCAGGAGGACAAGUCAAACAGAGUUAUUUAAUACGUAUAGCAAGGGACAUAUAGAAACGUGAAUCGUCAAGUUGUUUUGGUGACUAUAUUUAAUAUCUGUUUUAUUGUUUUGUGGAGGGAGUAGAGCGAGAUGUGCCGGUCUGGAUUUGCUGAGAGAAAUAUUAAGAGAUAUUUGGCAUAUAAAGUGUUUUGAACUAGUACACACUGUAGAACAGCACACUUUCAGAGUACCAAUAAUACUCACAUGAGCAUUAUUUUUAUUAUGUAUAAAAAGAAAUAUGAAACGGACACUUUUGUAUACUAGGAGCCCUUUUUAUUUAAAAAAAACAACAACAAAAAAACAUUUUAUAUGUGUGUAAAAUAUGGAAAGUAUUUUUCUUAUUCUUGUACUUUUGUAUGUAUAUUAGAAUUCUGGAGAGGAGGUUUCUAUUUCUUUUCAGUAUCACAAACAAAACUCAAAUCUUUAGAAGCUUGUGUUUUUAUUAUAAUCAAAUGGGUCAAGGUGUACAAUACUGUGAAUGUUAUAUGAUGAUUAUAAAAUGUUCUAUCAAGAUAAUAAAAGUAUUCAAAUUGA